AUGAUCGAGUUUCCUGUACAGAUACCAUUUAUACGCUCGGUUGUAUUGCAAACAUUUUAUUUCCCUACCAUGGUGUCUGCCGUGGUACUUCUCACGCUGCUACCUGCCUGGGUGUCGUGUGCCGGAGAAGGGAACAUCAAGUUACUAGAAGAUGAAGUAGCUGUGGCCUUGAAAUCAUGUUCAUACCCUGACGAUAUACCAAGUUCUAAAGAAUCUGCACCAAAGGACCGCCAACGGCGUUCUGACGACUCUUACGAUGGAUCUCCUCGAAUUGAUGACAAUAUGAAGCAAGGAAGUCGGUACAGCCACGAGAGGAGGAACACCAAUGACAGUGGGGAUCAGCUACAAGUGAUCAAUGCUACAAAUGAUGACUACGACGGUUACGGUAGUGGGGACACGGGAGAAAAGUUGCUGACCUCAAUGCCCCGUCCAGCAUCAGCAAACAAUAAAGCGAAUAUGAGAAAUCAUAGUAGAACAAGACGAAGUGAGCCACUGUUGAAACCAGAAACCGAUCAGUGCCUCAGCCAAUGUGUGUUCGCCAAUUUGCAAGUGGUGGACACUCGAGGCAUUCCCCGCGAGGCUGAGCUGUGGAACAAAGUGCAGUCUUCCGUGACGUCACAGCAAUCCCGGUCUGCGCUGCAUGAUCAGAUACGCGCAUGCUUUCAGGAGUUGCAAUCAGAGGCUGAAGACAAUGGAUGUUCCUACUCAAACAAGCUAGAGAGGUGCUUGAUGCUUCGCUUUGCCGACCGCAAAGUUGACGGCAAAGCCAGCACUCAGAAACCAGCUUCUACCGAAAAGACAUGAAUAAAUAUUUACGUAUGUAAAAAUGAUCACGAUUCACGACUACGAACAUCAGCAACGAACAAAGGACCCAAAGACCAAGAUUAUAGAUACAUAGCUAGAUUAAUUAGUAAAAUCGCAAUUCAGAAUAAAAUCUGAUCAAAAGUAAA